UACGCCUGUAACGAAACGUUUUGAGUUGAUGAUUGUUCUUGUCGUCGUUCGUCAACGUGAACGAAACAAAAUUAUUCAUAAUUUCUGAUAAAAAUUAAAUAUUAAUUUAUCAAACCGAUUAUAACAAUAGAAACAAGAUGCCACUGUCCUGUAGAUUUUACCAGGAGAAAUAUCCUGAAGUGGAAGAUGUAGUGAUGGUUAACGUAAGAUCAAUAGCAGAGAUGGGCGCGUACGUCCAUCUCUUAGAAUACAACAAUAUCGAAGGCAUGAUAUUGCUUUCUGAGUUGUCCAGAAGGCGAAUUAGGUCCAUCAACAAACUGAUCAGAGUUGGGAAAACUGAACCAGUUGUCGUGAUAAGAGUGGAUAAAGAAAAAGGUUAUAUAGAUUUAUCGAAACGUCGUGUAUCUGCAGAAGACAUUGAGAAAUGCACAGAGAGAUAUGCAAAAGCGAAAGCGGUUAACUCUAUCCUUCGGCAUGUUGCGGAACUCCUGCAUUAUGAGAGCUCCGAACAACUAGAAGAGCUCUACAAAAAAACUGCCUGGCAUUUCGAAGAAAAGUAUAAAAAAAAGGCUUCUGCAUAUGAUUUCUUCAAACAGGCUGCAAUUGACCCAUCAGUACUAAAUGAUCUAGGUCUGGAUGAAAAAACCAAGGAGGUUCUAUUGGCUAACAUCAAGAGGAAACUCACAUCGCAGGCAGUGAAAAUCAGGGCAGAUAUUGAAUGCGCUUGCUAUGGUUACGAAGGCAUUGAUGCAGUGAGGGCAGCUCUAAAAUCCGGUCUUGAAUUUUCAACUAUGGAAAUGCCAAUUAAAAUAAAUCUGAUAGCUCCACCUUUAUAUGUAAUGACAACAUCAACACCAGAGAAAGCAGAUGGUCUAAAAACAUUACAAGAUGCGAUAGAUAAAAUUAAAGAUACCAUCCUCGCUGCUGGCGGAGUCUUCAAUAUACAGAUGGCGCCUAAAGUGGUGACGGCUACCGACGAAGCGGAGCUGGCGAGACAGAUGGAGCGCGCGGAGGCCGAGAACGCAGAGGUGGCGGGAGACUCCGCCGAGGAGGACGAGGACCAAGGUAUGGGCGACGCCGGAGUGGACGAGCCCCAACAGAAUGGCGCCUCCGACGAGGAAGACGACUAAUCUUUCUGUACCUACUGUCUAUGUAAUAUAUAUAUUGUAACUGAUAUGAAACGUCAUGUUAAUACAUACUUUAAUAUACACUCGU